CACACACAAACCCAAUAAUCAUAAUUGUAGCCAAAAAUUAUAAUCUCAAUCGAUAAUCUGUAGAAACAAUAAAAAACCACAGUCCCCUUAUAAUUUUCUCCUAUAACAAUUCAUUAUAUAAAUGAACUCCAACUUCAAAUGCAAUAGAGAUUUAAAGAAAUUCGAAAUGGGCCCAUCUCCAAUCAUUUUCUCUCUCAUCCUCUCUCUCUCCUCCAUCCUGGCCUCCUCCUCCGACUACACAACCUACGUCUUCAAAGGCUGCGCAGACCAGAAAUUCCCCGACUCCAAUCCCCUCUACAAACAAAACCUCAAAACCCUAGCCUCCGCCCUCACCUCCCGAUCCUCCGCCGCCAACUACUACAAAACCGCCUCCGGCGACAUCAACGGCCUCUACCAAUGCCGCGGCGACCUCUCCUUCUCCGACUGCAGCCGCUGCGUCGCCAAGGCCACGUCCAUGGCGGGGAAGCUCUGCGGCGCGGCCGUGGCGGCGCGCGUCCAGCUCAUCGGCUGCUACAUCAGGUACGAGAUCGCCGGGUUCCGGCAGGCGAGCGCGACCGAGCUGGUGUACAAGGUCUGCGGGCCGACCCGGGCCGGCCUCGGGGAGAGGCUUGACGCGGCGCUGGGCGGGAUCGCGAAGGGCGUGGAGCCGACCCGGUUCUACGCGGGCGGGUACGAGUCGGUGUACGUGCUAGGGCAGUGCGAGGGGGAUUUGAACAGCAACGACUGCGUGAGCUGUGUGAAAAUGGCGGCGGAGAGCGCUAAAUCGGAGUGUGGAAGCGCAGUUUCUGCGCAGAUUUAUAUGCUGGAAUGCUAUAUUAGCUACACGUACUACCCUAACGGCGCUCCUACCAACCAUCACUCCUCGAUUCCGUCGUCGGGGAGAGGGAAGAAUACGCAGCAGACGGUGGCGAUAGUGAUGGGAGGGCUUGCGGGAAUGGGGCUCAUAACGGCGUGUUUGAUGUUCAUGAAAUCAGCUUUCAAGAAGAAGGCCUAUGAUCAUCAUCAUCAUCGAUCCUACACUACGCACACAUAGUAAAUGGCAGAAUUGGAGGUUUUGAUUAGGAAGGUAGUGGCAGUGGCAGAUUAAAUUUGUUUUUAUUGGGGAAUGUAAAAAGGAAAGGGGUUAUAGUAGUACUAGUUUUGGCUUUUGGAAGUGGAGUUUUCUUCAUGGCCAAGUUUAUGAAUCAUGAUGCUUGGUUGAUCUCUUUAUGUUGAACAACUUUUUUUUUUGUUAAAAAGAGAUUGAGAAAUGUCAGUUUCAGCAAAGGAUGAUUGCAGUGAAGAUGAGCUUUGAAAUU